UUCUUUCUUCAAACGAAUUUCGAAGUUUUUUUUUUCUUUUUUCUCUGUUUUGUUUACUUUUUUCUUUUUUGUUCUUUUUCUUUUAUUGACUGAUGACAGUCUCUUUUUACGCUGAACUCCUCUCCAACAUUCAAGUAUUAAGAGCCACUAUAGCAACAGAUGAAUCAGUUGAAACGACUUCGUUUACUGUGAAGAACAAUCAACUCUGGCAGGAAGAUACAGUGGUUGUAGAUUUGACGCGUCAUGGUCUUCAAGCUGAUCCUCAUAGUCUUCAAGUACAAGCUAAGAAUGAUGAAAGUAAUCAUGGUGAUCGUUGGAUAUAUCAAUUGAAGGUUAAUUUACAGCGACAACAACAAACAACACAUUCUUCAUCUUCGGUGCAACUUGGGAACAAUGACAAAGAAUGGUGGACAGCAAAAGACAUGAUAGGUUUACAAUGGCAGCAACUUCAAUGUCGACAUUGUGCUCAGAUACUUGUGGAAAAUAAAAAUAAUAAUCUAUCUCGGUGCAAGGAUCUUCCUUCUGAACAUUGGUAUGAACUAGUGGAAUGUUGGAUAUGUCAUGAAACCAAGCCUGAAGAACAUCAAGCACGUAUGCGUCCUAUUUUGGCACAACAUGGUACUCUACUUGUCGGUUCUUUUUACUUUUUAAUUCAUGUGAAUGAUCUGGUACCUCUUUCGAUCAAACUGGACCAAGAACUGGCGAAUCAAAUCAAUUGGGAGCGGGGGACAAUGACCAAAUGGAUAUCAAUCAAUUGCAACACGUGUGGAAAAGUGAUAGGAGAAGGGCUAUAUGAAUGUCAAAAAGAUCAAGAACUGAAUAUGUUAGCUCUCAAACUCUACAAGUACUGUCUGACAAUACAACCAAAUCCACCUGAAUUACCAGACUUUAUGAAUUUUGUGGUGGGUGAUAUGGUGGAUGCUGCUAAGGUUCAUGCUACUCAUAGAUUUGUGAUUCAAGGAAAGAAAAGUUCUCGUGUAUACGCUUUAGUGUGGUUAUUCAACUGGGAUACAACUUUUAUAUACAAUGAUGGAUUCAAGGAUGAAGUGGAUGAUAUGACUGGAAAGAUAGAUUUUCAAAGAGGUAUGAAAAUUCUAUAUAUGAACACAAAGGAUGAUGAUCAGCUUGUCAAGAAAUGGAACCAUGACAAAACCACUGACCAUUUGAUAUACCCUGAUACUUAUUGCCAACAACUAGUCAAAUCUUUAGAAUCAACAACAAAUAUACUUCCUCCAUCAUUGCGGACUAUGAACCAUCCAUCUAUGCCCAUGACCAAGAACUUCUCUGUUGGAUUUAUACAUCGAAAAUAGGUCAAAACCAUCUCCUCCCAGUUUAAUUAGAUAUUUACUUUUUUUUCUUUUUUUUUUUUAAUUAUUUCUUGUACAUACUUUGUUAGC